CAAACAAACAGCAGCCAAGUGUAUGCGAUACUUCCCUCACUACCACUCCCUGCAGGUGUUCAAACUUUGUGAUGAUAGAAGGGGAAGGGGGGUAGAAGUGAGGAAAAGACAAGAGAGCAUACAGGGAGGAAUACAUGCAGAGGAAUCAGACUGCAGAAAAGGAGAAAGCAGAGAUAAUAUGAAUUUAAAGUUGUGAUUCCUUCAUUCCAUCAUGCCAGCGCCAGCUGCCCCUCCUGCUGUCCCACUUGGACCUCCUCGACUAAGAUUAGAUGAAAAGGUGUUGUCGCUAGAGUUCCUCCUACUGGAUGCCCAGUUUAAUGAACCAGGAAAGUACCAAUUGGUUCUGCACGUGGAGAACCCUCUUCUUGAUGACUCUGUAGAGGGGGUCACAGUGAGUGUUAACAAUGGAGAUAUUAAUCAGAGCUGCCGGGCUGAGACUGAGAUUGCAGAGCAAGCAGACCUGGAAGACACACUCACGUUUGACAAGAACAUCUUCUUAUUUAUAUUGCCCAAAGGGCUCUGUAAGAAUGAUAAGCACCAUGACGUCAGACUACGCAUUGAUGUCUUGAAGUAUGGGACUACUCCUCUUCAAGGUGGCAAGACAGUGGGACAAGCAUUAUUUGCCAUCUACCCCCGCACUAACCAGCCUCGCAUUAAUCUGCGUGCUGAACCUUACCAACCAUUAUACAAUUACCAGGGAGUGCUUGCACUUCUACGAGUUGGAGGGGAUCAUAUGGCAAUGCACUGUGGACGUCUAGCAUACAAUGUCUGCUUUCGGGAAUACAAACCAAUUAAAACUGAGGAGGUUCCCAAACCAGCUACUCCCAUACCAGCAAGGUUAAAAGCAAGCAAUUCCCAGCCUGGUACCCCCAGACAUGAACUCUACCAGCAAAACUAUACACAACAAGAUUCACCCAGAGCACUUACUUCUAUGACCAAUGUGUCACACUUGGACACUACAAGAUCUGUCCCUUACCACCCCAAUACUCCCACACCAAGAUCACACCACAAUGUCACAGAGCACCUAGGUCUUGGAAAAUAUAAAUCAUCAGAUGAAGAAGAAGAAGAAGAAUAUGCAUCAUCUCCAAGGUUUGAUUCACUGCAAGACCAGGAUGAUCUUGAAGAUGGACCUUCAUCAUCUGUGUACCACCUUGUAUCCCGCAGAAUGCCUAAUGAUGCACCAUUGCUUCUCCCGUCACCUCCCAAAACACCAAUCACCAACCAGAAGACUCAUGUUACAGAGAAGCCACCAGCUCAAGGUGAAACUGUGCAUGGUGCUGAUAGAGAACCAAAACUUUUACCCAUUCCUGGAACUGAGAAAAUUGUUGUGUUCCUCCAUUCAGCCACACACAUUCCUUCCAAUGCAGCUGGGUUUAUUCCUUCCCCAUUCGUUAGUCUAAUGAGUAGCAUGGAUGAGGAAAAAGGAAGUGUUGCACAAAGCAUCUCACAUGCUGCACGGACUCAAACGAACAGCCCAGUCUGGGGGGAGAUACUGACCAUGACAGUGACAGAGGAGGAGGCAAAGGAGGAAGAUCUGAUCCUGACUGUGGCUGAUCAUCCCUCCCAAGAUUUUCUCCUUGACUACCGUCUGCCACUCCGUGAUCUGGAACCCUUCCACCUAUAUCAUCUGUGUAUGGUGCAGCCACACAAUCAGGUUCCUGGUGGGUGCCAUCUAUAUGUCAGCAUUGAGCGCAGAAGCAGCUGCAUUACUCAGCAGAGUGGGUUCACAUAUAGUGCUUUACAGGUUCUGCUUGUCGGCAUAGAAACUCCUCUCCAGGAACCGUCUCAGUCCCUUUUGGCAGUGGCACGGAUUGUUCCCAACUACAGAGAUUAUAGUCAUGCCCACAAGCCUCCUUGUAUGUCUGGAGUGAGUCAUGUCACCGUUACAUUCCCAGACCCUUCUCCAUCUUGUUUCCUGGUGCCAAAAAGAGCAACACAAGGACACCCACAGAUCUCUUUUCCUGGGCUCCCGCCCUCACAGCCGAUUUGGAAUAACUCCUAUCUGUUUCAGGGAAGAGAUGGGGUAACCCUCUUUAGUGAAGGAGCAGCACUGGUCUUGGAAUAUUACCCUGUCACUGCUGAUUCUAUGCGUGUCCCAUGGCAUCUAUCUCACCACUGUGGCUUCUCUGUAAUUCCCUUGGACAUGGAUGUCUAUCAUCAGCUGAUGUCUGGAAAUAGUAACAAGGCGAUGACCUUAACUGGCGUGCCUAUACAGGGUACAGAGCUGAAGACUCUCUCUGGUGGACCUCCCACAUUGUCACUACAGCUGCUACUACUGACAUCUGAGCAUCCAGAAUUCUUUUUGAGUCCAUCAGUGAUGCAGUCCACUGAAUGGCAGACUCAAAGCCACAAGACUGCAAGCAUCACUAAGGGGGGCACAGGAACCCCUAAUAGAGAUGAGCUGCAAAAAGAUGGGCCUUUAUUUCCCCCCUACAAUGCUCUGGCGGAUAUCCUGCCUGACCCAUGGAUCCAACAGACACCAAAAGAGCAAAAUUCAACACAUGCAGUGGGGCUUCAGAAACAAGCCAACACUAAGCUGUCUACAAAAUACCUGAGUAAUAAUGGGGAACCUCCUGUGGACCCUGUGAUGGAGCAUCAGGAACAGGAGCUAGCAAAUUACCGGCUCGCCAUGCAGCGUAUGGCGGAUGACAUCAUUGCUCUACGUCGUCAGAUGAGUGGACUGGAGGCAGAAAAUAGCACCCUGCGAAGUGAACGUGGUCUCCAACAGGACGUGGGCCGCAGCCUUCUCAGUGACACAGACAUCGAUGUCAUGACCAAAGCUGAAAUCGCUGACAGACUUGUGACUGUGAAACAGAAACUUGCCAGUGAAACAUCUGAGCUCCGCAGUAUGAGAGACAGAGUCCAGCAAUUGCAGAAUGAGUUAGUCAGAAGAAAUGAUCGUGAGAAGGAGCUACUUCUGCUGCAGCGAGCACACCAACAGCAGCAAACUGUACUCAGCCAAUACCACCACAGACUGAGCCGGGCAAAAGCUUUACAGGACACUGUGCGAAAGCAGGAGAAGGUGAUUCAGAAGAUGGAGAAGCUGCUGGACAAUAAAGUCAGAGACGAGAAGAGGAGCCGUGUAGAUGGAGGAGAUAGAGGAACUCGAUCCGAGGCUCUACAAGGGGAGAUAUAUGCUACGUUACUGGCUGAGAAUACACGCCUAAGAGAGGAGCUGGAAAGAGCUCGAGUCCCAACAACAGUAUUGCCACAGAAUGCUAUGUUUCCUGAUGCAUUCACCAACACCGAGAAGUUUUCUCUUCUUAGUAAACUAGAAAAGUCACAAGCAAGAGUGCAGAGCCUGGAGAGAGAGCUAGAGGAGGCGGCUCGGCGAUGGGGACGUGAGAAACAGCAGCUCCUGGUGCAGCUUUCUGAGCAUCAGAUGGGAUUCAGCCGUACCCAGACCACUAUCCUGCACCACUAUCCUACGAAGGAUCUAGACGCACCGACAAAGAGACACACCAAGCUCGAUCCUCUAUUAUGAAGUUUUUACCAGUGCCGCUGAGCAACACUUUUAUGGACAUUUCAAUGUAUUGGCGUCACAUGCCAACCACUGGUUUCCAGCUGCUGUGAGACAAGCUUCAGGUAUUGGAAACGCAAUCAUGAGUAGUAUACAACUAUGAAAAGCCUGGAUGUUUGGACAACCUACUCGUAGUUAUGGACCUGUUAAUCCCGGCAAAGCUAGAAGUAGUAUCAUAACAACAAGAGGAAGAACACAGGACACUUGGAAGUUCAUGGAAUAUGUAAUUGUUUGUUCCUUAUAUGUUUACUGCUGAAACUCAGAAUACAGAGACAUACAGUCUGAAUACUAGGACAAAAUGUCUCCCAUUACUAUUUGGUGUUUUAGCAAAUGAUCUCUGAAUACACAAGGAUUAAAUGAAUGAUUUUAUCUUGAUGUGAAUUGCAUCCUUAAUGCAAAAUGCACUACAGUAUGUAAUAUUCACAAAGAAAUUGGAGAUUAAUAAAGAAUUAAUGUAAAGCUA